CGUACAUCCAUGCUACCUGUACAAACACGUGCAACUGAAAUUUAUAUCAUGAAAUUUGUAGCAUUGUAACUAACUAUGCAGCGAGCUCCGUUUUGUUCUUUAUGCCACAAACCUUACGCUUUUCAAGGUUCAGGUAAACCAGUUGGUCAACGUAUACCAAAAUUACUCGAUUGUUCGCACACGUUUUGUCAAGGUUGUUUAACGAAACUAUCUCUUAAUAAACGAUCUGAACUUUACUGCCCGAAGUGUAACGAAGCGACUCAAUUAUUAUGCAUUAAGAAAAGCGUCAAUUUUUUACCGAUAAACCUGUAUAUUAUUGGCAUCUUAUGUGAUAAUUUAAGGGCGAAUAUCGAGAAAGAUUUUCUCAAAAAUGAGAUUCAUUUCAGUGAUGUGGAGGGGUUGUCAAGUGUUGUUCCACAGAAUGAAUAUACAUAUCCAGGUCACCCUGUCGUGGAAAAAAGCUCAGGGACGUUGUGUGAUGAAUGUUGUGAAGUUGAUGAUGUUCAUUCUACAUCUCGUACACUCCUUACACAUGAAGCUAAGCCAUUGCAUGUCAAGAAAGUGGAUAGUGUUGGCCUGGUUGAGACAUCUGCAACACAUAACUUGGACCAUCCAAAGAAAAAACUUGCAUGUAACUUCUGUACUGUUACUCCUUCCUCGCAUGCAGAGAAUAUUGCACAUGAAAAAGUGAAAAUGAAUCAUGUUAAGGAGAAGAUGGAGCAAGCAAUUAACAAUGGGCAAAAAAUUGAAAGAGAACUAAAAAAGUCAAAGGAAAAGCUUGCCUCAUACGUACCUAUGAUAAAAGUUGAGUUCAGUGAGAUAAAGCAACAAAUACAAGAUCAUUUUCAAAAUAUUCAUUCAAUGCUUCAAGCAAGAGAAAGCUGCCUUAUUAAAGAAGUGAAAGAGAUAUUUUGUAAAAGCACUUUACCAAAUGAAAUUGCUGAUAGUAUUGAGAAAAAAAUGAAGCAUGUUUCUGAAUUGAUUGCUGAAUUAAAUGCAUUUCAAGGUGCAUCAGAGACUCCCAGGGCAAUGGAGCAAACCUUGUUGGAAUGUGAAAAACUAAAUGAUAUUGAUUGCAUCUUGUCAGAUACUUAUGCCCAAAAUCUUGUUACUGUCACCUACAAUGAAGAUAUUAAAGAAUUCCUGAAGUCCUAUGGCAAAGUUGACAUUGACAAUUCAAACUUUGGUUUGAAAAAGAUUUCGGAGGUGUCUGAAAGAAUGAAAUCUUCUAGGGGAGGCCUUAAUGAUAUUUGUUCAGUAGAUUUUUCAACCGAACAUGAUGGUUCCUAUAUUCACAAACAACUAUCUCAUAAAUUGGUUGUUGUAUCACAUAUUCUUUCACCUACUGAUUUUUAUGUUCGUUAUGUCAGUAAUAAUGAAAUACUUGAAGAUUUGAUGGAAAAAAUUCAUGUAUUCUGUGAUCUUAACAAAAAAACAAUGAAUUGUCUAAAGACUGUCAACACUGGAGAUUUAGUUAUAAUAAAAGUAGAUGGUUGGUGGCAAAGAGGACGAGUUAUGUGCAAAGUGCAACAAGGACCAUCAUUCGGCCACGUUCAUUCAAUCUCCAAAGUAAGAGUUUAUGCCAUUGAUCAUGGUAGCACUCAUGUGUUACCUCUCAAGAAGUUAUUUAGAAUGCCAUCAAAGUUUUCUGAUCUUCCAGAAUUGGUUGUGAAUUGCUCAUUAUUUGAAAUAGUACCACCAGACUACUGUAAGAAUUGGCAAAAUAACUCUAUCAAAGCAUUUGGUAGUAUGACUUGCAAUAAGAAUUUUCUCAUGGCUGUUGUCAAAAAAAGUGGCAGGAAGUUUGUUGUUGAUUUGAAAAGCUCUGAAACAGAUGGAACCACAUCUGGCUUGUCUCCUGCUUCAGUCAGAGAUGCACUGGUGUUUUUAGAAGUUGCCAAAUUCAAAAGUCCUGCUUCUGUGACUAAUUCUCAUGUCCCUUUUCCCAUUCAAACAUACCCCAAAGUGGUCAUGCCAAAAGAAGGUGAAACACUACAAGUUAUUGUCUCUUACGUCCAAUCUCCCAAUAGUAUUUUUGUUCAGCGAUGCAACGGUGAAGAAUGUGAAAAUAUGCUUAAAAUCCUACAGCAAAUGUUUGACGUGUUUUCAUCAAAGAGUGGUGAUCAAUGGCAGAUUGGUUGGCCAUAUAAAGAUAUGGUUUGUGCUGCUCGCUAUAGUGAAGAUGGUAGGUGGUAUCGUGCGUUGAUAAUUGACGUCACCAGUAACAAAAUCGUCAAAGUUCUUUUUGUGGAUUUUGGUAAUUCGGAAGAGCUACGUUUCAGUGAAAUACGUCGCUUACCUGACCAUCUAGCAAAACUUCCCAAACAAGCCAUGGAAUGUUGUUUAUCUGGUAUUACACCCAUCGACGAAGAAAUUGGAUGGUCAGCAGAUUGCUGUACAUUUCUGAAUGACAACUGUUUUUUACAUCCAUACGACAUGACUGUUGUUGAAGAACGCGACACAUCCAUUGCGGUCGUUCUCCAUCUACCAGCACCAAAACAUGCCUUAACACUCAGCCAACAACUCAUUGAUAAUUCUUUUGCCGCUUCGUGUUCACAUUCACUUGAUGUUAAGCAACCACCAACUUCACCCACAAGUAGCACAAACAGCUCAAGAUGUAGCGAAACUAAAGAAAGCAAUUCAAAUAUGGAUUGCACGGAAGAAGAGAACAUAUUUCCGGAGUACUUAUGUUAUAAACCUGCUGAAAUGCCGGAGUGUAACAACUUUAAAAUCGUGGUAACUUAUGUACGUAAUGAUUGCACUAUUUUUGGAUUCCUACCAGGCAAAUACGAUCAACCAUUGGCAGACUUGAUGAAAAAUGUGCAAACUAUCUGUGACUGUGACGACACAAGUGCAUGCCUUUCUCAAGACCAACUGUCGCUUAAUCAACCUUGUUAUGCAAAGUAUUUAAACGACAACGAAUGGUACAGAGCGCAAAUCGUUCAAUUUCCAUCUGAGAAUACUGUCUUCGUGGAAUACGUGGAUUUUGGUAACAGAGAGGAGAUUCCAUUGAGUCAUAUUAAUGUAAACAGUACACAUUUGGAUAUACCAAAACGAUGCAUUUCAUUGAAGAUGGAUACUGCACCGAAAAAUGGUGCUGAGCAAGAACGCAUUUCAAAAGUACUGGAAAAGUUGUUGAUUGGAGAAAUUUGUGAAGCAAAAUCAGCGACGCAGCUGCUUGUCAACGAUGUUCUCUACAUUGAAAAUUUGCUUCUACCCAACGGAGAAGAUGCCCUGGAAAAGGCGUACAAGAUGUUUGAAGGAGAAGAGCCAUUGAUGCUACCCAACGAACAUGAUGCCAUGGAAAAGGGUCAUAAGAUGUUCAAUACAGAUCAUGGAAUACACACGGAUACAGCAGAACCAUUGAUGAAUUCUCUAUCCCCAGCAAUCUCCAAACAUAGCAAACCAAAGAAAGAAAAGUUUAAGCAACAAUUGCAGCAACCUACUUCUAUAAUGUGCGAAACAAUUUUGCCUGCAGAAGGAAUACCUUUCCGUGUAACGGUAACCCACAUUAACUCCAAAAAUUCCGUAUAUCUACAACGUAAAAUAUGUUCUGGCGAUAAGUUGACCAACGUUUAUGAUCACACUCAAUUAAUUGCUAAUCAACACUUGAAGAAAUUGUUGGACCUAUCGAGAACUAUAAACUUAAAUAAUUAUUUUGACAAAAAGAAGAAUAUCUCUAAAGCUUGGGUAAAUAUGCUAUGCUGCGCUCAAUAUACUUGUGAUGAUUUGUGGUACCGAGCUGUAGUGCAAGAAGUCCUGUGUACUAAGCCAUUACAAGUGCGUGUUUUGUACUUUGAUUAUGGAACAUCCGAAGUUUUAGAAGCAAAGAGAUUGAAAGCACUCACAGCAGAUUUAGCUUCGCUUCCAAAGCAAGCUUUUCCUUGUGCAAUAGUUGGACUAGGCGAUGACAACCUUUCUACAACCGAUGAAUAUGACAAGGAAGAUGGGAUUGAUGCCCUGGCAAAAGCAAUUUAUAGAAAGAAGCUCGUUUGUGUUGUGGUGAGUUUUGGGCCCCCAAUCCAAGUUGAACUAUAUGAUCGUGUCAUUCAUGGUGAUUCCUUUGAAGACGUUCCUAUAAGUGAAAGACUUUCCAAAAAUGCUAUACAUCAAUGGGAUGAUAAGGAAGAUAAAGAAUAUACUAGUAGUGAAGACGAAAAUAUUGGAAGCGACGAACAUUUUAGUGAUGAAGAUGAAAGUUGGAAGGACGAAAAGUUCACUACUAGUGAAGAUGAAGAUAUGAAUCACAAAAUACCCGCUAAUAGGGAAAAUGAAAAUUGGAAACCCGAGUUUAAAGAAGGCGAAGGUGAAAUUCGUGUAAGCGAAAAAUCGGGAAAAUAUAAUUACGUGCCAGAGAACGUAAAGAUUGGGCUGUGGAUGUAG